CUUGGAGAGCUAGUUGAUGAUAUAAAAUAAUAAUCAUUAUGUGGUUAUUGUGCAGAAUAUUGUUGUUGAUCAUAAUUUAAAAAAAAAAUUAACGUGAUCGAAAAUAAUGCAUUUCGAUAUAGGUAGUGUUUAUUAUGGUUAUCUAUUAAAAUUUAAAAUAUUUAUUAGAUAUUAUAGUAUCUAUGGCAACGAUUGAUACAACAUCAUAAUAUAUUAUAACAGUGAUCCACAUAAUACAAUUUUAUUCAUAAACCACUCGCAGGAUUCUAGGCAUACUUACUGACCAUAUUAUACAGAAUACUAGACUAUAACCAGUAAUUGAGUAAUCACCGCAUAUCAAGUUUAUAUCUAAUAUGGCGAAAACUAUGGCUGAUUGGCAUACACCGACACAAGUAGAAAGAUCUUUAGCGGCCAUGUGGAUGAAACUUGAAAAGUCUAAUGUACCAUUAAAGGACAUAUCAGAAAAAGAUUUAAUAAGUUACUUUGGUAACAAGAAACCGGUCGUACAAAAACUGCAGAACGAACUGCUUUUUAACUCGAAUAAGUCAUUCGAUCCGAAAUCAAAACAAGAUAGUUGGAGAAAUAAGAAAGAAAUACACGACAAUAUUUACGAAGAAGAAUACCAACGAACAAUGCCUGUAGUGUCAUCCCAUUUUAUUGGUCAUCGACUCAAAAACCUGGAAGGACGGUCGUUAGUCAACUAUAUAUGUAAGGAAGAAAAUAACAAAUAAAAUAUUUUAGUAUAUUA